AUGGUCACUCAGCGCACUCUCAAGCUCUCCCAGUUCAAGCCCAGCUUCUCGGCGCAGGAACUUGCCAACCUCCAGACUUCGAUCCGGUCCUCAAGGUUACCCGCCGAGACGUAUGCAUCGAGGCAGGAGCGGUACGGCAUCACGCAUGCAUGGAUGAAGAAGGCGCUCGGGCGGUGGCAAAACGGGUUUGACUGGCAGAAGCAUGAAGACGAGCUGAACGAAGUGGACCACUACAUGACUACGAUUCAGGACGAAGGUGUCGAGCACAAAGUCCACUUCAUCUUCCACGAGUCGCCCGACCCCAACGCUAUCCCUCUCAUGCUCUUGCACGGCUGGCCAGCACGUACAGGCAGCUUCGGCUCGGCGUUCGAAUUCAUCGAAGUCAUCAAGAUCCUGCGCAAGAGCACGUCGCCCGCCUUCCACCUCAUCGCGCCGAUGGAACCCGGCUACGGCUGGAGUUCGCCUCCUCCGCUUGACCGCGGCUUCAACAUGGACGACUGCGCGCGCCUCCUCGACAAGCUCAUGCAGGGACUCGGCUUCGGCGACGGCUAUGCCGUACAAGGCGGAGACAUCGGCAGCGGGCUCGCUCGAACUCUCGCGCUCAAGUACGACGGUUGCAAGUGCAUCAACGUCAACUACCUGCCGGCGGUCGCGCCUCCGCCUGGCUCGCCGGAGCGGAAGCAGCUCAAGCCACACGAGGAGAAGUCGCUGCAACGAAGCGAACAGUUCCAGGCAACGGGCCGUGGGUAUGCCAUCGAGCACGCCACGAGGCCGUCAACGAUCGGCAUGGUCGUCGGCAGCUCACCCGUCGCAUUGCUCGCUUGGCUUGGCGAGAAGUACCGAGACUGGACAGACGAGGAGCUCCCGCUUGACCACGUCCUCUCCAUCGCGACGAUCUGGUGGAUACGCGACAGCUUCCCCUCGUCGAUCUGGGCGUACGCGGACAUCCUCAAGACCGGCAUCUCGGCCCUGCACAACGACCCAAGCUACCGCCUUGAGAAGCCCUUCGGUUACAGCUCGUUCCAGGGUGAGAUCUCGUCGACUCCCGAGGCCUGGGCUGGAAGGAACGGCAACUUGCAGUUCUAUAGCUACCAUGCGAAGGGCGGACACUUUGCGGCGGCCGAGCAGCCGGAGGAAUUCGCGCAGGAUAUGAUCCACUGCUUCGCGAAGCUGUGGCCGCUCGCAACGCAGGCCAAACAAGCUUGA